AUGAAUAAAUUAAUUGUAGUAAUAAUUUCAAUCAUUUUAAUGGUUGGUAUUGUAAAAGUAAAUGGACAAACUAAAAUCAAUAAUAGACCAAUUAUUGGUAUAUUAACACAACCAACUGAUGGUGAUAUGACUACAUUUGGAAGUCAAUAUAUUGCAGCCAGUUAUGUCAAAUAUAUUGAAAGUGCAGGAGCAAGAGUUGUACCAAUUUUAUACGAUAUCGAUAUUAAGAGUUUAACAGAAUUAAUGGGAUCAAUCAAUGGUGUAUUCUUCCCAGGUGGUGGUGUAGAUUUCAACAAUCAAACCGUUUACACUGACACCAUCCAAUCGAUUUGGUCUCAAGUAGUAGAGUUUAACAACAAUGGUGACUAUUUCCCAUUAUGGGGAACAUGCAUGGGAUUCCAAGAGUUGGCAUUAUUAUCAGCAGACAAUUUCAAUUUACUCUCAUCCUACAAUUCAGAAAACUACACUGUACCAUUAAACUUCACAUCAUUAGCAGCCGGUAGUAGAUUAUUCUCAUUGGCAUCAUCAAGCAUUAUGCAAUCAUUAGCAAGCGAACCAAUUACAAUGAAUAAUCAUCAAUUUGGUUUAUCACCACAAACCUAUCAACAAACAUCAUCAAUCAAUACUUUCUUUGAUGUUUUAUCAACCAAUGUAGAUCGUGAUGGUAAUACCUUUAUCUCUACCAUCGAGGCAAAGAACUAUCCAAUCUAUGGUACUCAAUGGCAUCCAGAGAAACCAAUUUUCGAAUGGUGGGAUCAAGAAGUAAUGAAUCAUUCAUUCGACUCAAUCAUGGCCAAUCAAUACACUUCAAACUUUUUCGUUAAUGAAUGUAGAAAAUCACUUCACUCUUUCUCUGAUCCAUCAGUUGAAGCUUCAACCUUAAUUUAUAAUUAUACUCCACAAUAUUCUGAAUCAACUGUACCAGAUUUUGAACAAAUUUAUUAUUUUAAUUAA